AUGGCGGCGCGGACGCCGCUUCUGCUGCUGAUCGCCUGCGUGGCGGCGUCCGCCGUUCUCCGGCAGGCGGCGGCGAUGGUGGCCGUAGGUGGCGGCGGGUUCUACCACCCGGAGGGGGGAGCUGAAUACCACGGCGCACCGCCGGACCGCGCCGACCUUGACAACGCUCCACAGCCGGGCAGCGUCCUCGCGAUGCGCGGUCGCUCCGCCAGAGAAGGGGUCGGUCGCAGGACGGCACAGAUGGCGGGCGCGCAGCCUCGGUGCCGCGAAGACGCCUACUUAGAGCUGCGCGCCAUGUGCGAGCGCAACCUGGAAGAUAUUAUGCGCCUCUACGCUAAGGGCGUCCACGGGCAGUCUUGCCAGCGGCUGUACCAGUACACCGCUUGUGUGGGCAAGGCGUUGAAUCGCACCCGUUGCCACCGGCUGGCCGAGCUGGCGACGCGAGAGCGCCAGAGGAUGCGCUCCAACGUGAACGACUACAACUGGAGCUGCUCAACGACCAGCAGCAGCAGCCGCCAGGAGUACGGGGGUGGAGAAGUAAAUUGCGAUGGAAAGGAGCUCAUCAACCACCACAUGAGGUGCGGGUCGACAUUCCAGAACUUUGUCGGAUCCAUCAACGUGUACCAGGAGCAGGCGAAGGCGUGCCGCGCCGUGCGUGACUACAAGGACUGCGUGAAACCCAUCUUCCAGAACGAGGACUGCCAGGGCAACCAGGAGCUAAUGGACCGCUUGCUGCGGUUCUCGCACACUGUGCUCAAGGAGUACAGCUCGGCCUGCAAGGAGCAGCGCACUGGCGGGGCUGGAGGAGAGUACCAGGAUGCUCCUGGGGGUGGCGGCAGCUACGACGAUGACGACGGCGGCCUGGGCACCGGGUUCUGCCGCUUCGAGCAGCUCCGCCAGAAGACUCUUCAGUGCCAGCGUGAAGGCUACAGCGUCAUACGAACCCGCGACGCACAUGCUAAGAGCGACAUCUGCGAGGAGCUCAAGGUGUUCAAGGACUGCGCCGUGGCCGCGCUGAAGGCGACACACUGUAGCAAGGAGAAGAACGCACGCCAGCACGUGAUUGGAGCCGUGCGAGAGUCCUUCCAGCGGUUCGGGAUCGAGUGCACGGGGCUAUGGAAGAACGCCGCCGCCUCGUCGCGCCACUUGGCCGCCAUGCCUAGCGCCGUGGGACGCGCGCUGCUAACCGUGACGCUCACGCUGGCGCUCCUCUGGGGGGCACCACCGUAG